AUGGCAUCGUCGUCCGAUUCUUCCGUCGACCUUGCCACUGUUGACGCACUCGAGUUGCUGCCUGACAACUCUGCUGCUAAUUGGCACUCUUAUGCUCAUUCCGUUGAGGUGCUCCUCUCCUCUGUUGUGGUCAGCGGCUACAGCCUUCGCUCGGUUGUCUUUCAGGAAGGCGGUGGACUUCAGCCCGUGGCCCCCACCGCUCCUACUGUACCUGCCCCCGCCCACCCUGGCGCCGAGCCCUCUCCCCCCGGUGAUCCUCCCACCUUCGCACCGAAUGUCAACGACCCGCAGAGCUCGGAAACCGCCAUUCGCACCUACCGCACCAAUCUCCAAGAGCACCUGCGCCUGCAAUUGCGUUACGAGGACGACAUGCGCAUCUAUGACGAGGCCGCUGCCCGCUACAACACGUACCAGGAGGACCUGGACACCUACACUGCAGAACUUGCAGACUACACCACGAAAAUUAAUGCCUGGCGGGUUGCUGAUCGGCGUGCGCUUGCCAUUCUUCUCGCCACCAUCCCCUCCUCCCUCAAACUCGAGCUCUCACCUACCUCCUCCUCCCACCUGUGGCGACUGCUAGUCGACCUUUUCGAUCGGCAGGACGUUGCCACUCUUUACGCCCUUAUCAAGGAGUUUGGAACUCUCUCCAUGGAUUCCACUUCUGGCGCAGCUGCUUUCACUCGCCGUGUCUUAGACCUUGCUCGGCGCCUUGCAACACUCGAUGUGGUGUACCCGGACACCGUCAUCUGCUGCCACCUCCUCGAGGGCCUCACACCUGCCUUCGACGCUCACAAGCUUGCUUACAUGCAGCUUAUCUCCAAGCACCACACCCCUGCCGAAGUCGCUCAGUGGAUUAUCACCACCGAAGCUGAGAUCCUUCGCCACCCUUCCUCCACAGCCGCAGCAGCCCAGUCGCGCAGCAGCCGGGGUGGACGUGGCGGUGGGCGUGGGGGUGGGCGUGGUGGUGGGCGUGGGGGUGGACGAGGGGGAUCAGCAGGUCGCGGUGGUGCUGGCAGCAGUGGUGCGGGUCGUGGUACGGCAGCUGCCUUUCCUCCCUGUCAGUACCUAACUCGCUACGGUCCCACUCAGGGACAGCGCUGUGGCCAAACCACCCAUGCCACUGAGACGUGCUUCAAGGCACUCAGUGAUGAGUGGUUUGCCCGUGGCAACACCGGCACCCCUCCUCGCUGGUCCGCCCUCAACCCUCGCCCCACUCCCCUUGAGGUCCGUUCCUCUCCCCUUUAUGAACCUCCCUCCUCCACCCACGCCCACCAGGCCCUCGCCCCUCCCCAGCAGCAGCACCAGCAGCAGCAACAGCAGCAGCAGCUUGGGAAUCAGCAGCAGGGGUCACAGCACAGCAGCCCUUUCCUACCUGGACUGCUGGGAGUGCUGCCUCUGCAGCCCAUCUCUCGGGUGCGUCCCCGGCGCCGUCUGCAGGUGGCAGUGUGA